AUGGCCUUAAUUAUGAGACAAGGCUCCGUUAAAGGGGACCAAGAAGAAAAAGUACGGGUACAAAUACUAGCAAUUAUCAUAGCAUGUCUCUCAGCGAUAACUUACGGGUUACUCUUGGCUUGGACAUCUCCCUUUAUGGUGAAGAUCACCAACGACAAAACCAACUACAACAUCACCGAAGACGAGGCUUCCUGGUUAACGUACAUCUCCCCCAUAGCCAUGGUGGUGGCCAGCACGAUAUUCUCCUAUCUCAGCGACAAAAUCGGCCGCAAAACCACGUUGAUGCUCACCUCCAUACCCCACUGCAUCAGCUGGAUAUGCACGAUAGUAUCGACCAACAUCUACGUUUUCUACGUUUCCAGGAUCUUCAGCGGAAUCGCCGAUGGUUGUUUAUUAGUCACCCUGCCGGUGUACAUCGGGGAAAUCGCCGUGCCGAGGAUCAGGGGCGUUUGGGGCAACUUGGUGGGAGUUUGCACGUUCUUCGGGGUGUUCCUCAUCAACGUGAUCGGUUCCCAAUGCAGCGUAAACGUAACGGCUUACGUGUGUCUUCCGCUCCCGAUCGUCUUCGUAGUGGCGAUGUGCUUCCUUCCGGAGACUCCUUACUGGUGCAUAAUGCACGGCAAGGACGAGCGGGCGAAGGACUCGCUGCGAACGCUGCGCGGGAUCCAGGACGUCGACGGGAUAUUUACCAAGCUCAAAGAAGAAAUCGACCAGCAAAUGAAGGAGAAAGGAACCUGGCGGGAUUUGGUGAUGCAGCCCGCCAAUCGACGAGGCCUAAUAGCAGGUGUGUUCCUGAGAGUGUCCCAGCUAUUCGGAGGAGCCGGCGCUCUGAUGACUUUCACGCAAUACAUCUUCGCCGGCUUGAAAAUAGACGUUCCCUCCGAGAUACCGACGAUAGUGUUCAGUGGAAUUUGCUUCACGCUUCUGAUCUUCACCGGCAACGUCAUCGAGCGCGUCGGGAAGAAGAAGUGCUACAUAAUCACGUGCUUCUUGAACGCGAUCGUGCAAAUCCUGGAGGCGGUGUACUUCUACUACGAAUCGGAGGCGCCCGACGUCGAUGUGGCCGGUUUGAAGUGGUUCCCGAUCGCGGGAAUGGUGCUGUACGCCGUGUUCUCGUCCUUCGGGAGCCUGGUGAUACCGACGGUGAUGCUGGGCGAGCUGUACUCGACGAGCAUCAAGGCCAAGGCGGUGUGCGUGUUGAUUAUAACGUUCGGUUUGGUGUUUUCCGCGUCGAAUUUCGCGUUUUAUUAUUUGAACACCCGCGUCGGGAUGUACGGGCCGUUUUUGCUGUUCGGCAUCACUAACAUCGUUUCGAGCUUGCUGUCUUUCAAUCUCAUGCCCGAGACGGCCGGGAAGACUUUGGAGGAGAUACAAGUGAGCUUGGGCAAAUGA